AUGUCCUACCAGUUGACAAUCACUCCAGCCAAAGUCUCAGAACUCCCAUCUGACGAGACACUUUUGGCCCUUGCCAACGAGUUGCUGCAGACGACGGACUCAUGGAAGAAGGGGAAACUAUACCACAAGACCGUUCAGACCUACUCGCGAAGCAAGGGACCCAACGAUGGUGCCCCAUGGCACGCUAGAGUAAGCGUACAUGCCAAAGAAGAUGCCACCUUCGACGAGUUCUGGAGCAAAUUGGGCCAGAACAAGGCCGAGAAUGAAAAGGAAUUCAUUGACGCUAUCAAAAAGGUGACCGAAGUCAAGCGUAUCUCUGAGACGCAAACAAUCUAUACCCUCUACUAUACUUUCCCACCCCCUGUCUCCCCGCGAGUCUUCACGGUCCUUCAGACAACCUAUCUCAAGGAGGAUACGCCAAAGACAGGGAUCAUUGUAUCAGUGCCAGUGGACCUAUCAGAGGAUCCCGAGCUUGCAAAGCUAGAGGAGAAGGGAACUAAAGGCCGUUAUGUCUCGGUUGAGCGUCUUCUGGAGCUCGAGGACGGUAAGACAGAGUGGCGUAUGGCGACUUCGAGCACGCCCGGAGGCAGUAUCCCUACCUUCAUCGCUGAAAGUAGCAUGGCCGGCCAAAUAUCCGCCGAUGUUCCUCAUUUCUUGCAUUGGUUCCAUAAGAUCCGCGAGAGUUCAUGA